AUGGUUGGUAUUCCGGUCUACACCUCCUCAUCUCUGGCAGAGAGUCUUGAACAUGUUAGGCACUUUGCUGGUCUACCUUCUGCCUCCAUUCCAGAACCCUACAGAGUGAUUCAUCCUUCGGAAUCCUCGAGUGAAGAUGAAAAGAUCCUCGCUGAAGUAUAUGACACCCAAGCUCAUGCAUCUACGGAUCCGACAGUUGAGGCCACAGCUCAUCUUGAUUCCACAAAUUUUCUUGGAAGCUCCUCUGCUAAUGUUUCUGAUUCUAGUCAUUCUGUGACUCCUGUCCAAUCCCCAACCAAAGAAACGAGAAGUGCUGAUGUGGAUCAGCCUGAGAAGAGAAGGAAGUCUAGUGAAACCGUCAAAUCUGAAGCAAACCCACCUAUCCAACAAGUGUUCAAGACACUAAAGGGGAAACCAUCCACAUGUUCCAGAGGUCGAAGCAUAACUCCUGAAGUUCAACCUGUUGAAGGGUCUGACACAUCUGUUUACAAGCCUCAGUUUGUAUCUCCAGCUGCUCAGGGAAAAUGGUCCACUAUGGUCAGAAGAGAUCUUAUUGUUCAACGAUCUGUUGAUGAGAAUCAGCUGAAUUCCGUAUGUGAUAUUCUACCACUGCUGAAUGAAGUAGGGCUGCUGAAGACUGUCACUGUCAUCUGCCCAUACUCGAAGCUCCUCACUUAUGAAUUCUACUAUAAUCUCAAUGACGAGAUUGAUAUCUUAACUGGGCCACGACCAAUGCAGAUUUUCAUUCGAGGGAAGUGGUACAUCUUCGGGCCUGACAUGAUCAAUGAAUACUAUGGACUGACUGUUGUGCAAGAAGAGGCAAUUACAGAUUGGAACUUGGUGGCCAAGACUCUAACGGGUGGACAGCUUGAUACUUGGCCUACUGGUGACAAGGAUUAUCUGCCGAGCUCUCAACUCACAUCCAGAUAUGUUAUUCUGCAUCGCCUGGCUCUUCACAACUGGCUCCUAUCAGCUCACUUCCACACGGUUGGUAAGCACCUGGCAGGUUUCUUGUACCGAAUUGGAACAAAGAUGCCGAUUGAUCUAGGAAACUGGAUUUACUACCACAUCCUCAACAUGAUCCAUCCACGAGAGCAGAAGGUAAGGCUACCCUUCCCGAAUCUGAUUUAUGGCAUUCUUACAACUCAGGGUCUUGAGUCUAUGCCGAGUGAAGUGAUCAGUCCAACUCUACUCUAUACUGUUGAUCGGCGUCUUUUGACUGGAGAUCACAUUCGUGAUGUUAUACCGGUGACUGCCCCCUCCAAUUCUGAACCUGAUACUGUGGCUGAUGACUCGCCCCAUGCCAAGGAUCUUCAUCUCUCCAUUCAGUUAAAGGCACGGGUCUCUGAGCUUGUGACAAUUCAUGGUAUAAUUGCUAAACAACUGACAAGGGCCCGUACUGAGCUGGCAACCGUUCUUCUUCGUUUAAGCUUAUCUGAAUUUGCUAUUGCUACUGCACCUGCGAAGUCCGACAGUGACACUCCCUCCAAUGCUUGA